AAGGUGACGGUGUGUUCUGUCGUGCACUGUGAGAAGUGUUUAAGAAGAUGUUGGACUAAAAAAACUUUCUGCUAAAUGUUUGACUAUUUCUUGAUGUUUAAGUAAUUUGUCAUCGUUAGAAACUUUCAUAAAUCUUUUGAACAUAUAUAGAAGUAAUCUUUCCUGCGACGGAUAACUGCCUGGUUUUGUCUUGGAUAUACCCUGAAUGUCUAUGCAUUCUCCCUUCCCCGAAUGGGCUUGUGAAAUGGUGAAGCGUCUAUGCAACACGUGACCCAAGAUUGAGGGAUAAUCAUCGUAUCAAAAUGAGCAAGAUGACUCUGAGCUAGAACAAAAUUCAUAUUUUAGGUAUCCGUUAUGGAUACAGUAGAUGGGCGACCUGCCCAGUAUGGGGUGGAGCUCAAAGAACUUAGUGAGCUCAUGGAAUGCCGUGGUCGGGAGGCCAUCUUGAGGAUACGAGAUGAAUAUUCGGGGGUGCAAGAGCUUUGCAAGAAGCUCUACACUUCUCCAACAGAUGGCCUCAGCGGCUCGGCAGCAGACCUCGAACAUCGGCAAAACACAUUUGGUGCAAAUGUCAUUCCUCCCAAACCUCCUAAAACAUUUUUAGAAUUAGUUUGGGAAGCUCUACAGGAUAUCACUCUCAUUAUAUUAGAAGUUGCAGCAUUAGUAUCAUUGGGUCUAGCAUUUUAUAAACCACCUGAAGAUAUAGAAAUAGGAGGUUCAAUAGACGAAGGGGAAUCUGAAGCUGGUUGGAUUGAAGGUGUUGCUAUUUUAGUAUCUGUUAUUAUUGUAGUCCUUGUUACAGCAUUUAAUGAUUAUACAAAAGAACGUCAAUUUCGAGGCUUGCAGAAUCGAAUAGAGGAUGAACAUAAGUUUUCUGUCAUUCGUGGUGGGGAAGUCAAUCAAAUACCUGUAGGGGAGAUAGUAGUUGGUGACAUCUGUCAAGUAAAAUAUGGUGAUCUUUUGCCUGCAGAUGGUAUUUUAAUUCAAAGCAAUGAUUUAAGUGAUGAAAGUUCUUUAACUGGGGAAUCUGAUCAUGUAAAGAAAGGAGAAAAUGUAGAUCCUGUUUUGUUAUCUGGUACACAUGUUAUGGAGGGCAGUGGGAAAAUGCUGGUUACUGCUGUUGGUGUUAAUUCUCAGGCUGGUAUUAUAUUCACUUUACUAGGAGCAGCAAAAAGUGAAGAUGAAGAACAAAAGAAGAAAAUGAAGAAAGAUGAAGAAGCAGCUGUAUCAGGAAAUUCUCAUUUAAUGAACGAUUCCACUGCCAAACACAACAACCAAGAUGCCUUGGGUGCAGAGAUUGUUCCUGUAAAACAAGAGAGUAAUCCCCGUAAAGAACAAUCUGUCUUACAAACGAAGCUGACCAGGCUAGCUAUUCAAAUUGGUUAUGCUGGUUCAACGAUAGCUCUUUUAACUGUUCUAAUUCUGGGUAUUCGUUUUGCUGUGAAGUAUUUUGUCAUUAUGGGCCGCUCUUGGAGUCCGUUUUACAUGAAUUAUUUUGUCAAAUUUGUCAUUAUUGGUGUUACUGUGUUAGUUGUUGCUGUUCCUGAAGGUCUUCCAUUAGCUGUUACACUUGCUUUAGCAUAUUCAGUUAAGAAAAUGAUGAAAGACAACAAUUUAGUGAGACAUUUAGAUGCGUGUGAAACAAUGGGUAAUGCCACUGCCAUUUGUUCAGAUAAAACAGGGACCCUCACCACAAAUCGCAUGACUGUUGUGCAAAGUUUUAUUUGUGGUACUCAUUUCAAAGUGUCUCCUAAGUAUAAUAGCUUACCAUCAAAUGUAGCUGAUUUGCUAGUUGCAGGAAUAUCCAUAAAUAGUGCGUAUACAUCUCGUGUCAUGCCUCCUGACAAUCCUGGUGAUCUUCCAAAGCAAGUAGGAAAUAAGACUGAAUGUUCACUUCUAUCCUUCAUUCUUGAUUUAGGCAAAGAUUAUCAAACUGUAAGAGAUGAUAUCCCUGAAGAAAAAUUGCAUAAAGUUUAUACAUUUAAUUCUGUGCGAAAAUCUAUGAGCACUGUAAUUCCAGUUGAUGGAGGAUUUAGGGUUUUUACAAAAGGAGCUUCUGAAAUAGUGAUGAAAAAAUGUUCAUUUAUUUAUGGUAAAGAUGGAAAGUUAGAAAGGUUUUCUAAAGAAGAUCAAGAUAGAUUAGUAAAGACUAUUAUCGAACCUAUGGCAUGUGAUGGCUUGCGAACUAUUGCCAUAGCAUAUAAAGAUUAUUUAUAUUCACCUCAAAUGCAAAAUCAGGUUCAAAUUGAUAAUGAACCUAACUGGGAAGAUGAAGAUAGCAUUAUCUGUGAUUUAACUUGUAUGUGUAUAGUAGGCAUUGAAGACCCUGUACGGCCUGAAGUUCCUGAUGCCAUUAAAAAAUGUCAAAAAUCAGGAAUUACGGUGCGAAUGGUAACUGGAGAUAAUAUAAAUACUGCUCGCUCCAUUGCAAUGAAGUGUGGAAUCAUUCGACCUGGUGAUGACUUCUUAGUUUUAGAUGGAAAAGAAUUUAAUCGUAGAAUAAGAGAUAAUAAUGGAGAAUUUCAACAACAAUUAUUCGACAAAGUAUGGCCUAGGCUUCGAGUUUUAGCCAGAUCUUCACCCCAAGAUAAAUACACAUUAGUGAAAGGAAUAAUAGAUAGCAAACUAAAUCAAAAUCGGGAAGUUGUUGCGGUUACAGGAGAUGGCACAAAUGAUGGACCUGCCCUCAAGAAGGCCGACGUUGGGUUUGCAAUGGGCAUUGCAGGCACUGAUGUUGCGAAAGAAGCAUCUGAUAUCAUUCUAACAGAUGAUAAUUUUACAAGCAUUGUAAAAGCAGUUAUGUGGGGCAGAAAUGUUUAUGAUAGCAUAGCAAAAUUCCUCCAAUUCCAGCUUACUGUUAAUGUUGUUGCUGUUAUUGUGGCUUUCAUUGGAGCAUGUGCAAUAGAAGAUAGCCCCUUAAAAGCUGUUCAAAUGUUAUGGGUGAACUUAAUUAUGGACACACUUGCUUCACUUGCUUUAGCUACGGAAAUGCCAACCCCUGAUUUAUUGCUAAGAAAACCGUAUGGAAGAUCAAAGGCUUUAAUAUCUCGGACAAUGAUGAAAAACAUAUUAGGGCAUUCCGUUUAUCAACUUGCUGUUAUAUUUACUCUACUUUUUGCUGGUGAUAAAAUAUUUGAUAUUGAUUCAGGCUUAAAUUCUUCACUGCAUUCAAAACCCACUGAACAUUUUACAAUUAUAUUCAAUACAUUUGUUAUGAUGACGCUAUUCAAUGAAAUAAAUGCAAGAAAAAUUCAUGGUGAACGAAAUAUUUUUGAAGGCCUAUUAACAAAUCCAAUCUUUUAUAGUAUUUUAAUUAUAACAGCUGCUUCUCAAGUUGUUAUUGUUCAGUAUGGUAGUUAUGCCUUUUCUACUGCUGCACUAACUAUUGAUCAAUGGCUGUGGUGUAUAUUUUUGGGAUGUGGAGUUUUAGUUUGGGGGCAGUUGAUCACUACAAUACCUACAAAACGAAUACCAAAGACUUUCACUUGGGGUUCAGGUCCUCCAGAAGAAAUGGCGGGUAAUGUUUCCUUAGUAGAAGAUGGCAGCAGUGGAUCUCUGUCUCAAGAUGUCAAGAGGACAGGCCAAAUUUUAUGGAUCAGGGGACUUACAAGGUUACAAACACAGCUCAGAGUAGUAAGAGCCUUUAAGAGCACUUUGGAAGACAUGGAAGAAAGACGUAGUGUUCAUAGUUUACAUAGUUUACACAGCUUACGUAGUUCUCGUAGUCACCCCAAGCAGCUUUCUGACAUUAGUUACAUAGAUGAAGAUGUGAAAACCCCAUCUCCCAAUGAUUAUCCUUACGAUAUGGCUGAUUCUAAAAAAAAUGCUGUUUACUCUAACAACUCUGUGAGGAACAUGAACCACAACAAUACCCAGUUUAUACCACCUCCCCAGAAUAACUCGUCUGAAAGUGAAACUCAUGAAACGGCACCCUUGAUGAUCCGUACACCUUCUCAUCAGAAUCGUGCCUCCAACCAAGUGCAGGAAACACCUUCGAAUUCCCCAACCACUACUACAAGUAUUACUCCUGUCAACUCCUCAUCUCCCUCUUCCAGCACCUCACUAACUACAACCACAAAUAACAACAAUCGGGCCAAUGUGACAAGCCCUAUAGCUCGAGGCUAUCAUCUUUUGGUUGAACCAACCAAAAUCCAUGAAACUAGUAUUUAACAUGAGUCAUUUCUGAAGCAGAGGCUAUUUCCAUUCAAGGACUCCAUGGACGAGUGUUUUGGGCUUUGUUGUGAAUUGUUUGUAUAGCCGAUCUUGGAUGCUAUCAUGUGAAUGCUCUGAUAUUGAAAUUUGGCUAAUGUAAUAGCUACUGGCAGCAGCAAGUGUCAAAUUUGGAAGAUAUUGUUUUGAAUUUAAUAAGAAUUUCUUUGUUCUGUAAUAACUGAACUUAAUAUUCAUUUUGGACUUCAUACAUCUUCAUUAUGGCAUCUCUAUAAAUUCAAACUUUGCUACCACCAGCGAAGAAAAUUAGAAACCUUUAUUUUCAGUAUUUGUUUUUAGUUUUAAUAAAUGUGUAUCUGUGGUAGCUGUAUGGAAAAAAAAUUCUCGUAAUGCUCAUCUUGUUAGGAGGUGAUUUACUUUUUGUAACAGUUACAUUAUUCCUAAAGUAUAUAAAAAUUAAUAUAUCUUUUAAAAACAUCAAUUCUUCAAUCAAUGUUCUAAACUUUUCUGAAUAAACUUCUACAAAAUUAAUUGGUCAUAAAUUUUAUGUAAUUUAACUAGGUUUUUAUUAGUGCUUCACAUAAAAAACUUUUUAAAAGGGAAUAAGGUUGUAACUAUGAAGUUUUAAUAAUUAAAUGGACUUUAAUUGUUUUUACAAAACGUUACCCCCCUCUUCUUUGUUAGCUAUUCUACUGCAAAUUCUGCAUUUACACUUUUAAAUGCUGUGAUGACUUAUACUUCUUUACUUUCAUACUUUUGUUGAUAUUCAUUUAUGUGUGCAUAUAACAUGCACACACAUAUACAAAAUAUGCAUUCUCCCUUUUUAACGUAAUUUGUGCAUUAAAAAGUUGCUUUGAAAGGCAAAAAUUCAAGGUAUAAAUUUGAACAUUAAUGAUAAAUUCAAGCUGUUCAUUCUUAUUUGUAUCUUUUUUUUUUUUUUCAAUUUUCCUUUUUAUAAACAUUAUUUAAAAGAUUGGAGGUAAAAGAUUUCUCAUAUAUCACAUACGGUUUUUUGCUUAUUUAUAUGUGUUUUCUUCUUUCCCUUGCAUUUAUUUAUUUUUAGUAUGUUCUAAAUAUUCAAUGAAUGUUCAGUUGUUGCAUUUUUUUCCUUUUCAGUUCUUUAUAUUUUAACAGUUUUGAAGCACAGAACAUUAUUUGUUAUACGUUUAAGAUAUAUAAUUAUUAAUGUUCUAAUUUUCCUUUUAUUUUUUUUAUGAUUUAUGAUCUGAGGUCUUUGUGAUGUUUUUUUAAUAUGCUGAUUAAAACAUAUUCACUUCACGAAAAUAUUCUGCUAGUGCAUCUUGACUCUUUAAAUUGAUUAUUGUUAUUAUUGCUUUGGCUUUUUAAUCUUAUCAAGGUAUAAUGUAAGAUAUAGAAUGAAACCUCUCUGAGCGGUCUAAGUUCAUAUGUUUCAAAGCUUAAUUUCAGUGCAACGAACAUCCUUCAUAAAAUAUUUAUCUUCAAAAAUUAUUGAAGUAAAAAAUGUUUUAUUAAUUGCUUGUGGUUUAAGUUACUUUUUUUGACCUUUUUAUGUUUAUUAUCUCAAUUUAUAUGAAAAUAUUUUAAAUUAAAAUUACAUCCAGAAAUAUUAAUCACUUAAAAUUUUGCCUCAUUAGUUAAUUCACAAUCAUUUUUAAUGAAAAACCUCUAUAUCAAUGGACAGUUAAUAACUAUUGUGAACUUUUUAAUCCUUAAAUCAAAAAAGAAAAAAAACUGUAAUGCCUCAUUCAUUCAUUUUUCCUUUUAAAGUUAAGAAACUAAAAUAUUUAGCUUACUUUUUCAUUUUAAUUUAGGAGCUGUUCUCCAAACCAUUUUGUUAUAGAGAAAAAUGUGGUUAUGCUUUAGUUUCAAAAAUAUUACUGUUAUGUUUCAAUAACUAAGUGUUCAGAAUUUGUAAUUUAACAGACUUUGUGUUAUCGAUAUACCUACUUUUUUUGUGUUAUACCUAUACAGCUUUAAGCAACAUUAAAUUCAGUGGUAUAAAACUCAUCUGUUGCAACAUAUUUUUGAUUAUUAUUUAUUUGUAUUGUAGUUAUAUAUAAUGAUUACAUAUUGAUUUUAUUUAUUUUACUUUUAUUUCAUAUAAAACUUAAUUUAUCAAAGAAAAAUUUCUAAUAAUUUUGCAUGUCCAUUUUUACACAAAUAGAGCUUCUAUGAUUUGUUGUAAUUGUUAUGUAGGGAAUGUAUAAGAAAUAAUUUCAAAUAAAUGUUUCCCUUAUGAUGAAUUCUUGCAUUACUACUUAACGUCCCUUUUUUUUUAAUGCUUUUUAUUUUUCAUUGAAACAUAUAUUACUUAAAAUAUAUUUAUAUCACUUUAUAUGUGCACUUUAAAAAAUAACAUUGCUGUCCUUAACUAACGUUAAAUUCAUUGAAGCCUAUUUGCAGUAUGCGAGCUUUUGAACUAUUCAUCACAUGUUCUUUGGUGCGAAUUCUAAUAAUUUUGGUUAUUUUUCUGAAAAUAACAUUGUUUGUAGUUCAAAUAGUUGAAUUUAUAUUUUUUUAAAUGUAUCAAUAGACAGUGUAAAUCAUCUAUCGAAACUAUUAACAUUAUCAAACCUUAAAGUAUUUUCUAUGAUUGAAUGAAAUAGUUUUAAGAUUUUUUUCUGAAUAUAUAUCAUAGCAUUUAUUUUCAGUUUAAAAAAAUGUCUAAUAAACUAAUUUUAAAUGAAGUUAAGUUUGCAUACUGAGUUAGAUGCAGGGUUUCCAACUGCUCCGCUAAAAUGGCGAAACUUUGCGGCUCCACAAAGAAGAACGUUUUGCUUCACAUUUCCCAGCCGAAAGUUUUCAAGCUUGAAUUUCGCUAUUUUAUCAUAACAAACAUGUAAAUAUGGGAAAUUAAAGAUGUUUAUACUCAAAGAUUGAAAUAGCGUUUAAAGCUGUUUUAUGAAUUUAAAAAUAAUUAUUUUUCUAAUUGUUCUUAAAAUGAUUUAUUAAAGCUAUAAAAUAAUUUUAGAUAAAUGGUUUUAGUUAUUUUUAUUGAUUUGUAUUCAAAAUACGGAACUGCGCCGCAAAAUUUCAAACUGCUCUUCAAAAUCACCACAGAUGUUCCUCAAAUUUUUUCUGCAAGGGUGGCAACCCUAUUUAUGAUGUUGGAAUUUGUCUAUUUUUCAAAUAAUGUUAAUGAGUUUGAAAAUGUAAUUUGUAUCGCUUUUAUUUACUUCAAUAUCUUCUGCUUGAAAACUUUGUACUGAACGUAAAAUGAUUUAACAUUCGUUUUUGUCUUGUUCGGUAUACUUAGAGUAUCAAUUGUAGUAAAUAUUAGUGAAUGCUACACUGGUUUUUUGACUCCGUUGCGUGACUUACUAUUACAUAGUAAAUGAGCAUGUUUCACAUGCAUGAGCAUCAGAUUAUUCUAUACCUGGUGGCCUUAGAUAUGACAGAAUACCUAUUGAUAUUUAAAGUUUUGAACUUGCAGAAUUUUCUUACUGUUGUUCCAUUGAUCAUCGAAAGAUUUUUAAAAUUGUACAGAGAUGUUACCUUUCAUUAUUUUAUGCAAAAUUCGUAAUUUAAGCAUUAAUAAAUAAUCAUUGUAUAGAGAUAUUUAUGUAGAAUGCCCCUACCUCUUCCUCAAAAUAUAUAGUGAUCUACUGUGGAUGUUUGAGAAAUGGUGUUUAACUUUUACAAUAAGUUUUCUGGUUACACUUAAUUUAUGUUUCAUGGUUAUUUUUCUUUAACAUAGAGAUAAUAUUAUUGAACGGAGGCGUUUUAUAAUUCUAUUCCUAAUUUGAUUCUUUUAUCACAUUUACAUUUGAUUUUCAAACAUGGUGCUAAUAAUUGAUGAAAUCUUAUCAUUCCAUUACUCAUUCGAUUGAAUUUUCUAUCAUGUAAAAUAUGGUUGAGGUGAAUAAUUUCUCAUUUUUAUCAUUCAUGAAGUUGUAAAAAUCGCGAAGUAUUCAAUUUCUUUUGCAUAAAAAGAAAUCACUUUUCAUUUCAAAUUGAAAGAAAAUGUUUUCUUCAAUUGAUUUAUUACUCAAUGUUUUCUUCAAUUGAUUAUAUUGAAUACUUUUCUGAUAAUUCCAUUCCUUUAGUAAUAUCCUUUGUUUUAUAUUCUAACAUGAAGCUGAAUUUACUUUUGCUAUUUAUCAAUAGCUACUCAUGUAAAGGAAUUCAUAUAAUUUUCUGAUUGCUCUACAGUUUCCUAUUUAUCAUAUGCAGUUAAACAUUUCAUAAUAUGGAUAACUCUUUUAAAUACAGUGAAUAAGAAUGUGAUUAAUGAAGACAAUCUGAUUCUGAACGUAUACACUGAAUAUUUUGCUUCUUUACUGCAAAAAUUACUACAACUACUUACAUUUUAAAAUAUCAUUGCUUAGAACAUAGUAGGGACUCCUUAUAGCUAAUAGUGAUAAAAUGAAUUUUUUAGAUUUUGUAUGCCUAAAAAAAGUAUACUGACUUUUUCAAUCUUUUUAUCUCACUAAGUAAGAAAAUUGAUUGUUCUUACUUUUUCCCUCUCUUUAUGCUUUCUUUUCAAUAUUCAGUUGAAAAAUUUGAAUCUUAUCUUUUGUGUUCUAGUCUUGUACAUGAGAAGAAAAAUUAUGUUGAAAAUAUUUGUUCUGUUGAAGUUUUGUAGUUUAGUUGAAAAGUAUUUAAACAUGGAAUGUCUUAAGUUAUGUAUCAUAACUGGAUUAAAGACAUUUAUUGCUAUUCCACUUCCUAUGCAAAUACUUGACUUCAAAAUUUUAAUCAAUGAAAAGUUCAGAUUGUGUUUUAGUUUUCUUAUGUCCACCUUUAGAAAUCUUAGGCUAUUUUCAUUUACUGUAGUAGAGUUUUUUUAAGUAUUAAGUUAAAAUUCAUUUGUACGAACCUAUUAGUAACAAAUACCUACAGUUAGUUAUGCCAACAUUGUGUUUUAAUUAUAUAAUGUAUUUCUUGUAGACCGUUGAGGUUUCAAAUGUUUAUCUGAUUAAAUAUGAAAACAAUCUUAGUGUACUUCCUUACUGUUAAGCACAAUUUUAAAGGGUUUAACCAUUUCUAAUUCACCAUUUUUGUGAGUAUAAAUUUAUUAAUUUGCUUCAUUUAACCAUUAAUUUGUUUAAAAUUAAUUUCUGAACUGUUAUAGGAAAAGCACAAAAGGUGUUUUUAGAGUUAAUCUAAAAAUCAGGUUGUAUGAAAAAAAAGGGCAAAGUUUCAAGAAUAUAUGUGAUCGUAAUGCAAUAAUCAUAUCUCAUUUUUUCGAAAUUCAUUUGAUGUUUAAAAAUGUAUCUUUUUAUAUCAAUCAAGGAAAGAGUUUCCUGAAAUAAAAACUAAUGUAUUUGUAGAUAUUUAUUGAAAUAAAGAACAAUUCGUCGAA